ACUGUCGGACAACGGGAGGAUACCGGAAGAACCAGCAGCCAGUCACUUACAUCCUCCUGAUAUAGCCACCGAGCUCAGUAGCUUUAAUCAGUCUAAUGGAGAUAUCGUCUGUGCUUGGCUGCGGGCUGAGCCGCCACGCCUUUGCCUGCCCGGUUCUUACAUUAAUUCCUUCUGGGUCACCUCCCACAGCAAGAGCCAGCGACUCUCAAUUCACCUAUGAGACGAAGGCUCUUGUCAAGGAAACCGUUACUGAGCCGCCAUCCAGUGCUGCUCCGGCCAGUGCUAAAAAGCGUCACCUUUAUUUAGCGAGAAAGGCCGCCGUUCUUGAACUUCAACAAUCUCCUGAUUUGAACUCUGCCCUUGAAAGAUUUGGUGGAAUUCUGAAGGCACAGGACUUGAAUGUUAUAAUACGGGAUUUGGGAAAGCUAAGAAGAUGGCACGAUGUUUCCCAGCUUUUUGAAUGGAUGCAGCAAAAUGGGAAGAUCAAUGUUUCAUCUUACAGCACUUAUAUAAAGUCCAUGGGGAAAAAUCUCAACCCCAUAAAGGCCCUGGAAAUCUACAAUGGCAUUCCAGAUGAAUCAAACAGAGCAAAUGUCUUUGUCUGUAACUCCAUACUUAGUUGUCUGGUCAGGAAUGGCAAAUUUGAUAGCAGCAUCAGGCUGUUUGAUAAGAUGAAGCAAGAUGGUUUAACACCUGAUAUUGUCACAUACAAUACUCUACUUUCAGGCUGCAUUAAAGUCAAACAUGGGUAUUCCAAGGCAAUCGAGCUGGUUAAGGAGCUGAAAUAUAAUGGCCUGCAGAUGGAUAGUAUACUGUAUGGGACUCUUUUGGCUGUUUGUGCUUCAAAGAACCUUUGUCAAGAGGCACAGGGUUACUUUGACCAGAUGAGGGAUGAAGGUCAUUUGCCUAAUUUAUAUCAUUACAGCUCUUUACUCAAUGCUUACUCUUCAGAUGGAAACUAUAAGAGAGCUGACGAGUUGGUUCGAGAAAUGAGAUCUACUGGGUUAGUACCAAAUAAGGUUAUAUUGACCACUUUGCUGAAGGUAUAUGUUCGAGGAGGCUUGUUUGAAAAAUCCAGAGAAUUAUUAACUGAACUAGAAGCUGUGGGCUAUGCUGGAGAUGAGAUGCCAUACUGUUUGUUGAUGGAUGGUUUUUCAAAGGCUGGGCAUAUAGAUGAAGCAAAAUCACUUUUUGAUGGAAUGAAGAAAAAGGGUGUUAAAUCUGAUGGAUAUGCCCAUAGUAUCAUGAUUGCUGCAUUCUGCAGAGCUGAGCUUUUUGAAGAGGCAAAGUUGUUAGCCCAGGAGUUUGAAGACAAGUAUAACACGUAUGACUUGGUCAUGUUAAAUACAAUUCUCUGUGCCUACUGCAGAGCAGGUGAAAUGGAGAGUGUAAUGAAAAUAAUGAAAAAAAUGGAUGAACUGGAGAUAAGUCCUGAUUACAAGACCUUUCAUAUCCUAAUCAAAUAUUUCUGUAAGGAGAAGCUGUACAUGCUUGCUUAUCGAACCCUUGAAGAUAUGCAUGGUAAAGGCCACCAACCAGAGGAGGAGCUUUGCUCCUCCUUAAUUUUUCACCUUGGUAGGACCAAAGCCCAUUCAGAAGCAUUUUCUGUCUACAAUAUGUUAAGAUAUAGUAAAAGAACAAUGUGCAAGGCCCUUCAUGAGAAGAUUCUGCAUAUUCUAAUAGCUGGACAGCUUCUGAAAGAUGCUUAUGUAGUAGUAAAGGACAAUGCUGACUUGAUAUCUCGACCUGCUAUAAAGAAGUUUGCUACUGUAUUUGUGAAGAAGGGUAACAUCAACUUGAUAAAUGAUGUCAUGAAGGUUAUCCAUGGUUCUGGGUACAAGAUUGAUCAGGCAAUAUUUCGGGUGGCUAUAUCACGUUACAUUGAACAUCCUGAAAAGAAGGAAUUGCUUCUUCAAUUACUGCAGUGGAUGCCAGGUCAAGGAUAUUUUGUUGAUUCAUCAACAAGAAACCUGAUUCUCAAGAACUUGCAAUUAUUUGGUCGCCAGCUUAUGGCCGAGACAUUAUCAAGGCAUCAGAUGAUAUCAAAAACAUCAAGAUCUGUCUAAUCAUUUCAGAACUACAAGAGUUCUAGGUACAUAAAAUAGUUUAUUUUACAUUUGUACUCAUUUUUAAAAAAAUAUCAAUGAAAUGAUCCAUGCUUCCUAGUUUAGAGCAUAUUACACUGGAAAUGAAAUCCAUGAAGCUGU